CAUGGCCUCCUCCUCCUCCUCCUCCUCCUACAUGCCCCUCAGGAGGUCCGACAGCGUCGCCGACAUGAUGCCCGAGGCGCUGCGCCAGAGCCGCUACCAGAUGAAGAGGUGCUUCCAGAGGUACGUCUCCAAGGGCAGGAGGCUGAUGAAGAACCAGCAGCUGAUGGAGGAGCUGGAGGCGUCGGCGGGCGACGACAAGCCCGAGAAGGCCAGGCUCGCCGAGGGCUUCCUCGGCUACGUCAUCUGCUCCACGCAGGAGGCCGUCGUGCUCCCUCCCCUCGUCGCCUUCGCCGUCCGGACCAACCCCGGCGUCUGGGAGUUCAUCAGGGUCCACUCCGGGGACCUCUCCGUCGAGGAGAUCACGCCGUCCGCUUACCUCAAGUGCAAGGAGACCCUCUACGACGAAAAAUGGGCGCGCGACGACAACUCGCUGGAGGUCGAUUUCGGCGCGCUGGACCUCUCCACGCCUCACCUGACGCUGCCGUCGUCCAUCGGGAACGGGAUGCAGUUCGUCUCCCGGUUCAUGUCUUCGAAGCUGAGCGGCAAGCCGGAGAGCAUGAAGCCACUGCUGGACUACCUGCUAAAUCUGAACUACCGUGGCGAGAAACUGAUGAUCAGCGACACCCUCGACACCACCGACAAGCUUCAGACAGCAUUGCUUCUCGCGGAGGUCUUCGUCGCCAGCCUGGAGAAGAGCACGCCGUACCAGCAGUUUGAACAAAGGUUUCAGGAGUGGGGUUUGGAGAAGGGGUGGGGUGACACUGCCGAAACAUGCAGAGAAACACUCAACUUCCUCUCUGAAGUGCUCCAGGCGCCGGAUCCUAUCAACAUGGAGAAGUUCUUCAGCAGGGUGCCAUCGGUGUUCAACAUCGUCAUCUUCUCCAUCCAUGGCUACUUUGGUCAAGAGAAGGUCCUUGGGUUGCCAGAUACCGGCGGUCAGGUGGUUUACAUCCUGGACCAAGUUAGAGCUCUUGAAGAGGAACUUCUACAAAGAAUCAAGCGGCAGGGCCUGAAUGUUACCCCGAAGAUUCUUGUGUUAACAAGACUCAUACCGGACGCAAAGGGAACCAAGUGCAACGUUGAGCUUGAACCGGUUGAGCACACAAAGCAUUCGAGCAUCCUCCGUGUGCCAUUCAAGACUGAUGAUGGGAAAGAUCUUCACCAGUGGGUCUCCCGGUUUGACAUUUAUCCUUACCUGGAGAGAUAUGCUCAGGAUUCUUCUGUCAAAAUUCUUGACAUUCUGGAGGGGAAGCCAGACAUGGUCAUCGGCAAUUACACCGAUGGCAAUCUAGUAGCAUCCCUCUUGUCGAGCAAGCUAGGGGUUACCCAGGGAACGAUUGCACAUGCUCUUGAGAAGACAAAGUACGAGGAUUCAGAUGUCAAGUGGAGAGAAAUGGACCAGAAGUAUCACUUCUCCUGCCAGUUCACUGCCGACAUGAUUGCCAUGAACACUAGCGACUUCAUCAUCGCUAGCACAUACCAAGAAAUAGCUGGAAGCAAAGACAAACCUGGCCAGUAUGAGAGCCACUACGCCUUCACAAUGCCAGGGCUGUGUCGCUACGCCACAGGCGUCAACGUCUUUGACCCCAAGUUCAACAUCGCCGCCCCUGGUGCUGAUCAAUCUGUUUACUUUCCCUUCACGCAAAAGCAGGCACGGCUGACAGACUUGCACCCCCAAAUCGAGGAGCUACUCUACAGCAAGGAGGACAAUGAUGAGCACUUAGGGUACCUAGGGGACAGAAGCAAGCCAAUCAUUUUCUCGAUGGCAAGGCUCGACAAGGUGAAGAACAUUACUGGGCUGGUCGAGUGGUAUGGUGAGAACAAGAAGCUCAGGGACCUUGUCAACCUGGUCAUCGUUGGGGGGCUCCUGGAACCUUCACAGUCAAACGACAGAGAAGAGAUCGAGGAGAUCAACAAGAUGCACAGCUUGAUGGACAAGUACCAGCUCAAGGGACAGAUCCGCUGGAUCAAAGCACAGACCGAGCGCGUGCGCAACGGCGAGCUGUACCGUUGCAUUGCAGACACCAGGGGCGCCUUCGUUCAGCCUGCACUCUAUGAGGCAUUCGGACUAACAGUCAUCGAGGCAAUGAACUGCGGGCUGCCAACCUUCGCGACAAAUCAAGGAGGACCAGCAGAAAUCAUCGUCAAUGAGGUUUCGGGUUUCCACAUCAACCCGCUCAACGGCAAGGAGGCAAGCGACAAGAUAGCAGCCUUCUUUCAGAAAUGCAAGGAGGACCCCACCUACUGGAACAAAAUGUCCACUGCUGGACUCCAGCGCAUCUAUGAGUGUUAUACGUGGCAGAUUUACGCAACUAAAGUUCUGAACAUGGGGUCGAUGUACGGCUUCUGGAGGACUCUGAACAAGGAAGAGAGACAGGCCAAACAGCUCUACCUACAGAUGUUCUACAACCUUCAGUUCAGGCAGCUGGUGAAGACUGUCCCGAAGGUGGGCGAACAACCCGCACAGCCUACGAGGGGAAGCACGGCGCCCGCUAGGAUUGCGCCGAGGCCAAGAGAAAGAAGGCCACAGACGAGGAUUCAGAGGAUCGCGACCAACUUAUUCGGCCCAGUGCUCCCAGCCUCCAACUUCUCCCAGGAUGCAGCCUGAAGUGAAGACCAAACACCAUAAACCAGAACUGUGCUUGCUUGAGUGAGAAGUGUGUUGCACCCUGUUCCUGUGUGUGUGCCAUUGAUUUGGAAAGUUCCAAUGAAACUGGAACUGUCCAUGAUGAUUGUGAGGGUAAUGCAAAGUGUGAAGAAAAGGGGAAAUGUGAGCCCUGCACUCAUUAUGAGUGAAGCAACA